AUGCUAGGCGUAGUCCAGCCAGAUCUGGAGGAACUCUUACAGAGACUCAACUCUCGACAGCUGUCGCCUGAAGAGGCGUGGGAAGCUCUCAGACUCUUGUCCACCUCACUACAACAGAGCCAAGACUCAUGGCGAACGCUCGACCUGAUCCGUUGCCAUUCGAGGCUCGGUGCUCUACAUCGGGGACUCGGACCAUCUGGCAGCUCAGAGGAGUCUAAGGCAUUGCUGCAGGACACGGCAUGCCAUAUCAAGCAGACAUAUCGGUCUCUCGCGGAUUUCAUACCGCAUAAGCCGGGUGCAGCGCUCUACAGAUCGGAUACGGCAAAAUAUAUCUCCCAUCAGUAUCUGCAGGAGUUUGUUGAGCAGUUCGCCCUUCCAAUCGAGAGCCAAGAGAAAAGCAAGCCAGUGGUGUCCAUCGCGCUUCCGAACGGUCCACUGCUGGCGGCCGUGUGCGUAGCAGUCACAGCUCACUAUGUGGCUGCACCUAUCAACCCAGCAGCCGGCGCAGAGCAGUUCCAGGCAGAUGUAUUGCAAGCUGGGGCCAGAUGCAUCCUCACAACACAAGAAGGCUAUUCCAAACUCGACAUGGGAAGCGGUUGGAUCCAAGCCAACAACAUAGUCGUUCUUCUUGUGGACUUGACCGAAGAUAUGAGGAUCACAAUCUCGACACUCGCUGGUGCUCCGGCUUCUGUGGAGGCGCCAGCACCGCCUAACACAGCUGACGAUAUUGCCUUGGUUCUCUUCACUAGUGGUACAUCGGGGAAGAAAAAGGUGGUUCCAAUUACGACGCAUUCCAUUAUAGCGGGCGUGGCAUUUGUUAUUGAGAGUUGGCAGUUGACGCCUGAGGAUGUCUGCUUGAACAUGAUGCCCCUCUACCAUAUUGGUGGUCUUGUUCGGAACAUAUUUGCGCCAAUAUUCUCCUCUGGAUCAACCAUCUGUUGUUCAGUAUUCGACCCCAGCUCCUUCUGGGACAUUGUGGACACAUCUUUACCGACCUGGUACUACGCAUCCCCGUCGAUGCAUUCUUUGAUUCUGGCCGAGUCUACAGUCAGGUCACGUGCCUUGGAAAACAGCAGAAUUCGUCUGGUCUGCAAUGCCGCUGGCGGUCUUCUUCCUUCCCUGGCGAUUCAGCUUCGCGACACCUUCGACGCUGUGGUUUUGCCCAGCUACGGCAUGACGGAAUGUAUGCCAAUUUCCACGCCUCCUGUCGACUACAGGCUGAGCCGUCCUGGAACUUCGGGUGUCAGCACGGGUCCUGAGUUGGCCAUUCUCAAUGAUCAAUUCAAGGCGGUUUUAUCAAAUACGGUCGGCCGUAUCUGUGUUCGUGGUGAGCCACUGUUUUCUGGAUACCUACAGCCGGAUGGAUCCAUCGAUCGAUCUGCUUUCACCGACGAUGGCUGGUUCGACACGGGUGACUUGGGAUAUAUGGACAGUGAUGGCUAUUUGUACAUCACGGGCCGCAAUAAGGAAGUCAUCAACCGCGGGGGGGAACUCAUAUCACCAAUGGAGGUCGAGAAUGCCAUCAUCGCCGCUGCGCUGAAGCCGAGCUCGCCGCUGCACGAACGCGUUACUCAAGCUCUAGCUUUCUCAGUUCAACACGAUGUCCUCCAAGAAGUCGUCGGUGUGGCUCUCGUCACUCCUUCCGGUGUCCCGCGACCGGACCUCCGCCUCCUUCACAGCUCUCUGAAGACAUCUCUCCAACAAGUCAAGUGGCCGGCCCUCAUUGUCUACAUGUCUGAUCUGCCAAAGAAAAACAACAAGAUUCUAAGAAUCAAAUUGGCAGAACGCCUCUCCUUGCCGCAGCUUACGGACCAGACCAUCUACAUCGCACGUCACUGGGAAGCCGAUUGCCCCCCGCCGGACCAGGAAGUCUCGGUGCCUAUUCUUUGCAAAACUUGCAAGAUCAACGUCAACGCCCUCUGGAAGGAAUUUUCGUGCAUUCUUCCUCAUGACUGUUCCUUUUGCAUCCGCAUGAGCCCCAAAGAUAGGACGGUGGGUGUCAUCAUAGCGCCGACAGACCCAGAUCGUCUUCAACUAGAUGAGACAUUUGCAGCUCACGUCAAGUCAAAAUUGGAGACCAGCCUGCCAGGGUACAUGAUGCCUACGAGGAUUCAAACCCUCCAGGUUGCUUUGCCAGUUGAUAUCCAUGGCAAGCUGGAUGAUAGGGCACUUCGGAGAUACCUCGCCCAGGUUGAGGCAUCCUCGUCCGGCGAGAACGGCUCAUCUGUGGAGAGAAGAGUCGCCAAGGCCUUCUCUUCUGUACUCAACCUGAACACGGCAGAUAUUGGUGCCAAUGCGAACUUUUUCGACUUGGGCGGCGACUCUCUCCGAGCUGGCAGGUUGCUGUCCCUGCUCAGGGCCGAAUUCAACUCGCACAUAACCAUCGACGUGAUAUUUCAGCAUGGUUCCGUACGCGAAUUGGCGGAUUAUAUCGGGAAGAAAAUUUCUGAUGGAGAAUGCUCCAAAGCUCAGCAAUCGGACGAGUCAUUUGUCGCCCAAGGCUGUGAGGAGACUCACUCAUCGACUCGGUGGUCGCUCAUGGCCUUACAGCUCUUACCCAUGUUCGUCUUCUAUCCUGUGCGCCGCGCGUAUCAGUGGACUAUUUUCAUGGUCUUUUUGGCAUAUACCCAGACGUGGGUGACUACGAAUUACGUCCCUGGCCGGUUGCUCAAUCUCAGCAUCUCCAUUCUUGUCGCCCGCCUCGUUACAAAGGCUGUUAUACCAUGGGUGGGCAUCGCCGCCAAGUGGCUCAUCAUCGGCCGGUACAAAGAGGGACUGUACCCUAUGUGGGGGUCGUACCACACCCGAUGGUGGAUGGUCCAAAAGAUCGUAGACAUAUGUGGCCAUGGUCUCUUUGCCCAAACGAAUUACACUUCGUGUCUCUACCUCCGCCUCAUGGGUGCCAGAAUUGGCAAGAAUGUCUCCAUACGUGGCGUCUCCACCGGUGAGUGGGAUCUCAUCGAGAUAGACGACGAUGCCGUCCUCGAACGGUGCACAGUGCGGCCCUUUGCUGGAGAGAGAAACACAACGAUGUACCUUGGCCGUAUUCGCAUUGGACGUAACGCUACUGUGGGCAUUGCAUCCAUCGUGGCUCCCUCUACGACAGUUCCUGAGGGCACGUGCAUUGGAGCCAACUCUUCCAGCCACGAGCUUGAUGCUGCCGACGAGGCCAACCGUGAUCUGAUGCUUUCGAGCAUUCCCAGCACACACUGGUCUCUUGAUUGGCUGGUCACGAAACCGCUGGCGACCAUCGGUUGGAUGAUCUCACUGAUUCCCUGGCUUUUGGGCCUGUCUGGCUUGAUCAUCACGGAACCCAUUUCCUUCCAGACGCCAAUGUAUAGUAUUUUACAAUGGUUCGCCGGUUCACGCCGUGUAGGCUUUCACUAUCUCGCUUUAGUGCUGCGUGCAUCGCUUAGCCCAUUCGUUCUGUUUGGAUAUAUGCUGGUGCUGAAAUGGGCCCUUGAUGCCUUGUUUGGCACCCAACAACCCACGUCCGCCAGAGGAAGGAGUCACUUCGAGAAAUGGAGGAUGUCCUUGGUCAAGACCAUAUACCCGGCCAAGAGGCUGCACGAGAUGACCGAGCUGCUGGGUCAGCACUACGAAGGAACCUCGAUCGCCAUUCGCCUCCUUGGCGGACGUGUUGGCAAGCGUGUCUACUGGCCCGGUACUGGUCCAUCUAUUGGCGAUUAUCAUCUCCUGGACAUUGGCAACGAUGUUGUCUUUGGCUCGCGAGCUCAUCUUGUAACAUCUGAUGGCACCGGUUCUGAUAUCAUCAAGGUACAAGACCGCGCCAUGAUUGCUGACAGAGUUGUUCUCCUGCCUGGUGUUCACAUUGGAGAGAAAGCAACCAUGGGUUCUGGCGCUUUGACACGACGCAACAAGUCUUACACAGGUGGCGGGAUCUAUGUCGGCUCAAAGAAUGGUGAUGCUGUCUGCCUCAGCACUGGUUCCAGCCCAGAGUCCGACGACUUCGAGGACAAACUCACCCCAGACGAUGCUUCGCCAUUCGGCCGUGCUUUCUACCUCAAGCAAGCGCCGUUUAGGGUUUAUGGUCUGCCGACGAUCAUUAUGUACUCGUCAAUCAUCACCGUCUUUGCGGCUUUUUACUGGAAUGUUCCUUCGAUAAGCGCCAUCCAGAUCAUCGCUUUCAUAUUCCGCAAAAAACACGAACAUAUCGGCAACGGGGAUUGGUAUGAUAUUCCAGUGCUCUAUUCACUCUUCUUCGGGUUGAUCAGCGUCAUCACCACGGUACAGGCCGUCCUGGCCAUAGCUAUCACUAUCGGCGCAAAGUGGUAUCUUCUCGGCCGCCGCCAGCCUGGAAAUUACGACUGGGAUAAGAGCCCGUACUGCCAGAAUUGGCAACUGUACCUCACCAUCGAAAAGUUGCGUCGUUACUGCUUUCGAGGGUAUGGCAUCCUCGGCAUGUUAACUGGCACUCACUGGCUCGUGCUGUACUUUCGUGCCCUGGGUGCUGAGAUUGGCGACAACUGCGCGCUCUUUGCCAACGGCAGGCCCAGCUUGAUGUUCACCGAGCCUGAUCUGAUCACCAUCGGAGACCGCACGGUGAUCGAUGAUGCGAGUGUGGUAGGCCACAUCAAUACCAGGGGCAAAUUCGAUCUCAACCGCCUGUCCAUCGGCCAGAGGUGUGUCCUGCGCAGCGGCUCCAGGCUGCUGUCAGGUGCUCAGAUGAAGGAUGACAGCGUCCUCCUCGAGCAUACCCUCGUCAUGUCCGGGGACGUGGUGGAGAAGGGCUGGACGAUGCAAGGAUGGCCCGCAGACCGUUUCAAGGGACGUUCGGUAAACCUUGCAGAUGGGAAGCAACCACAGCAGGAAAGUAGGAAGAACCUCUCCAGAUCCAACUCAGCCACAAGCAACGGCACGGACACUUCGUGUAGGGGUGGAGGAUAG